GGAAGAACUAAGAAUAAGGGGAGGUUAUAAUUGGGGGCCACAGGAGUGGCAGGUACUCAAGUUUGGUUAUGAGAGCUGCUUUCGUUAUAUUUUAGGCUGUAAUGGAGACUCUGGAAGUGGGAAGAAAAAAAAAAAACUCAAACAGUGCAAAGGGCUCGUUUUGAUUUUCCCACGCUCCUGGUGCCAAUUUCUGAAAUUGGUGUCCACAAUCAGUAGAAGCCUAUAUGCUCUGAAUUUACAAAGCCAAGUGGUGGCAGGUCAUUGUAUCUGCAGUCAGGAAGGGGAAACGACUGGAAAUCCGGGCCCCCCAGUUCUUCCCUGCUUCUCCUUUUGUGGCAGCCGCUCCUCACAUUCAAACAGCUUGCAAAGGUUUACAGCGGACAACCCUAACUUGUUCCCUAGACGUCAGUUUCUGGAGUUCAUGCGUUAAUACGAUAAAAAGAACAGCUGAUUCUUAUCCAGCCCUUACUCUGGGCCGGGCCCUGUUAUCGGCAUGAAAUUUCAUGCAGCAGCUCGUUUACUCCCCACAACAGCCCAAAGGGUGUAUAAGAGCAUCACCUGCUUUUUACAGGUUGUCCCGGGCUUCUGAGGAGGAGUCAGUGGGCUCAGCAUGGAGAGGAAGGAAGCCGGAAGGAAUUGCGAGGAAGAUGCAGCGAGGCUGGAAAGCAUCUGGAUAACCACCCGUCUUGAAGGAGACCUCCCUGCCCUCCUGCCUCUGUCCCCCAGAGCACUGCCUGAUCAUCCUCCGUUCCCCAUCGUCCCAGCCCUUCCUGCUGUACUUGUGGGGAGCUGAUCUCCUCUGUCCCCCUGCUUUUCCCCUGUCUGCCGUCACCACCCCACCACCAUGCACCCCCUUCCUGGCUACUGGUCCUGUUGCUGUCUACUCCUGCUAUUCUCCUUGGGAGUCCAGGGGUCCCUGGGGGCUCCCAGCGCUGCCCCAGAGCAAGUCCAUCUGUCUUACCCAGGUGAGCCAGGCUCCAUGACUGUAACCUGGACCACAUGGGUCCCAACCCGCUCUGAAGUGCAAUUCGGGUUGCAGCCGUCGGGGCCCCUGCCCCUCCGCGCCCAGGGCACCUUCGUCCUCUUUGUGGACGGGGGCAUUCUCCGGCGGAAGCUCUACAUACACCGAGUCACGCUUCGCAAGCUGCUGCCGGGGGUUCAGUAUGUUUAUCGCUGUGGCAGUGCGCAGGGCUGGAGCCGUCGGUUCCGCUUCAGGGCCUUCAAGAAUGGGGCCCACUGGAGUCCCCGUCUGGCUGUGUUUGGGGACCUGGGGGCUGACAACCCGAAGGCCCUCCCGCGGCUGCGCAGGGACACCCAGCAGGGAAUGUAUGACGCCGUUCUCCAUGUGGGAGACUUUGCCUACAACAUGGAUCAGGACAACGCCCGUGUUGGGGAUAGGUUCAUGAGGCUCAUUGAACCCGUGGCUGCCAGCCUGCCGUACAUGACAUGCCCUGGGAAUCACGAAGAACGCUACAACUUCUCUAACUACAAGGCUCGCUUCAGCAUGCCGGGGGAUAAUGAGGGCCUGUGGUACAGCUGGGAUCUGGGUCCCGCCCACAUCAUCUCCUUCUCCACCGAGGUCUAUUUCUUUCUCCAUUAUGGCCGCCACCUGGUACAGAGGCAGUUUCGCUGGCUGGAGAGUGACCUCCAGAAAGCCAAUAAGAACCGGGCAGCCCGGCCGUGGAUCAUCACCAUGGGGCACCGGCCCAUGUACUGCUCCAACGCAGAUCUGGACGACUGCACACGACAUGAAAGCAAGGUCCGCAAAGGCCUCCAAGGCAAGCUGUACGGGUUGGAGGAUCUUUUCUACAAAUAUGGGGUGGAUCUGCAGCUGUGGGCUCAUGAGCACUCGUAUGAACGACUGUGGCCAAUUUACAACUACCAGGUAUUUAAUGGCAGCCGAGAGAUGCCCUACACCAACCCUCGAGGGCCUGUCCACAUCAUCACAGGAUCUGCCGGCUGUGAGGAGCGGCUGACGCCCUUUGCUGUCUUCCCGAGGCCCUGGAGUGCCGUGCGUGUGAAGGAGUACGGGUACACGCGGAUGCACAUCCUCAACGGGACCCACAUCCACAUCCAGCAGGUGUCGGACGACCAGGAUGGGAAGAUCGUAGAUGAUGUCUGGGUGGUGAGACCCCUGUUUGGCCGGAGGACGUACCUCUAGGGACGGUGGCAGCUCUCCUUCAGAAGCCUACGUUUUGCCGCCUUGGCUGCUGUGACCAGAAAUUGCCCAGGCCUGGAUGGGGAGUUGGGUGGGCCCUGACUCCCCUGCCCUCCAGAGGCCCCAUGCAGGCUGCACGCAGCCCUGUGGAGCUGGGGCAGCUGUUCCCUCCUGCAGAGGUGGGAGUCCUGGCUGGCUGUGGAGGGAGAGCAGGUGUGCGGGCACAGAGUGACACAGGGCAGGUCUCUGCUGGCAGGGCCCCACCCUCCUGCAUAGCUCUGAUCGGGAGAGGUGCCCACAGGGCUUCAGGAAUCAAGAGGCUUAAGCUGUGGCUCCAUGGACUCUGCACAUCUGCCGGGGAUGCCCCUGGGCUUCCUCCUCUCCUGCCCACCCGGCAAGGGCAUCACCAGGGGGGCACAACCAUCAUGACACUAUUCACCAGCAGGUGGCGUCAGGGGCUUUUUCUUCUGAGCCCGGCACUGAGAGUUGGUCUGAAGCCUGGCUCCUGCUUCACUGCUCCAGGACUGCUACGGAGAGUCCCUUCAUGCCUCAGUUUCCCAGCCUGGCACCGUCUUAUCUGGGAAGAGGAGACGUGUUAACACUCUUGUCUCCCAGCUAGGACAGAAGAUGACCCGCAAGAGCCACAGACUUGCCAGUUCCUUCCCUCUUUCCUUCCUUUCUUUCCCUUCUUUUAUUUAUUGAAUCAUAAUUUAUUGAGCAUCUACCAUGUGCCAGGCUCUGUUCUCAGUGCUGGAGAGACAGCUGUGAAUGAGACAGAGAUCUCGGCCCUCACAGAGCUGACAUCCUAACCAGAGAGUUGGACACAAAUCACGAUAAAUGAGUUGGUUAAAUAGCGAUUUGUGAGUAGAAAAUGCAGGGACGGUAAGAGGGCAGUUUCAAUUUUCAGGGGGAAUCUCACUGAGAGGGCAGCAUUUGAUCUGAAGGAGGUGGGGAAGGAGCAUUCCAGGCAGAGGAACAGCCAGUGCAAAGGCCCUGAGACAGAAAUGUGCCUGGCCGGCUGGGUACAGUAACUCACAUCUGUAGUCCCAGCACUUUGGGAGGCCGAGGCAGGUGGAUCACUUGAGCCCAGGAGUUUGAGACCAGCCUGGGCAACGCAGCGAAACCCUGUCUCUACCAAAAAUAUGAAAUUUAGCUGGGCAUGGUGGUGUGUGCCUGUAGUCCCAGCUGCUCAGGAGGCUGAGGCGGGAGGAUGGCUUGAGCCCAGGAGGUUGCGGCUGCAGUGAGCCAUGAUAGCGCCACUGCACCCCAGCCUGGGCAACAGAGCAAGAUCCUGUCUCAAAAUAUAUAUAUAAAUAAAAAAGUUUUAAAAAGAGAAAAAUAAAACAAAGAAACAUGCUUGCCCUGUUAGAGCAUCCACGAGGAGGCCACUAUGGCUGGAGCAGGGAGAGUGAGAGGGAGACAAGCUUGAGGACAGGGCAGUGGUGGGGACAACUUGUACGGGGCCUUACAGGCCAUGGUGAGGACUUUGGGUGGAGCCAGGGGAGGUUCUGAGCAGGUGAAGGAAGUGAUCAGACUCCACGAGUCACAGGCAAAGGCCCCAGGGCUGACGGCUGCCCCAGGGCCUGCAGGCUCCCAGCCCUGCCGGAUGACCUGAGAUCUAUCUAUUCCCCCAUCACGGGGCACGGUUUCUGCCUCCGCAGUUUCUCCCUCCCACCCACCCCUCACUUGGCCCAAGUCACGCAGGACUCCUCGC